AUGGCCUACUGCGAGGUGUCGCAGACGCAGGAGCCGGGCACCGCAGCCUAUGCAGGUGACUUCGGGUUCAAGGUGCUGACCUCCUCCGACCCUGCUGAGAAGACGAAAAAGCUCAAUGCCGAAAUCGCCAACGGCCGCCUUGCGAUGAUGGCCAUUAUUGGCAUGUUCUUCCAGGACGGACUCACGGGCAGCGCGUGGGGCGACUGGGCCAACUACACCGCCUCGCCUCUGAGUGCAUUCGAGAACGAGCUCGGAGUGCAAGAGCUGAAGAACGGCCGCGUGGCGAUGCUUGCCACUAUGGGCUACAUCGUUCCUGAGUACUUCCGCUUCCCAGGAUACUGCGCGCCCUCCGCGGGACUCAAGUUCACGGACAUCCCGAACGGCCUGGCCGCGCUGAGCAAGGUGCCGGGAGCCGGCUGGACCCAGAUCUUCCUCUUCCUCGGGCUCGUGGAGAAGGGCCUCUACACCUUCGACCCCACCCGGCAAUCCGGAGACUACAAGAAUGCAGGCGUUCUCGGCGUCCCAAACGGCAGCACCAUGACUCCCGGUGAAG